AGCGCACGCAGUGGCAUCCGCGACCGCCUACCGACGCCGGCGCCGACCUGGAGCGAAAAUCCACAUAUCGCCACGCCCUGCUUUUACUGUCAACGUGGUAUAAAGUAUGUCUAUUUCGUGAAUUACAGAUAAUUACUAGUACUGUGAUUAAUUACAUCUACUUUGAAAAUUUUCAUUUCACAGUGAUAACUAGGUUUGACAAAUAAAACAAUAAAUAUGUAUGAGUCAUGUGAAAAUCUAAUAAAAUUUCUAAUAAAAGUGCUAGUGUAAUAAAUGUAAGUCGUAAGUGCAACAUAGUUAUCAAUAGUAUUCGGGUAGUAAAGUUCUACACACGUUUGUAGAUCUAAGCCGGCAGCUAAGUGACCAUGGCCGCGGGCGAUGUAACGCGCCGCGCCUCUAUCACCGCUCCGUCGAUGCACCGGCGUCCUUCGGCGAGACGAGGAUCGCUUAUCAAAGGCUCCCAGACUACCACAUCAAAGGAGGUGCCAUGGGACAUCAUCGACCGAUGCGCGCUGCCCAUAGUGCUGUGCCAUGCUCUCGCCGUGGUGCUGUCGGCGCUGAUGAACGCGCUGCACAUCAGCCAAAUCUCUGUGUUCACGUUGUUCCUCUGGUUCUCCAUCUCGGUUACCGGAUCCCUCUGGUUCUACCACAACCUGCAAGUCAUAGCAGCAGGGAAAGCGGUAUUAGUGACAGGAUGCGACAAUGUGUUAGGAAACGCGCUAGCCAGGAAGCUGGACGACUUGGGAUAUCAUGUGUUCGCGGGCUUCCAGAACAAGGCUGGAAAUAUUGAUGCCGAUAUGCUCAAGGAAGAUUGCUCUGGUAGACUACAUACUCUUCAGCUGGACAUCACUUCAGAAACACAGAUUCUCUCGGCGUCUCUGUAUAUCGUGGACCACCUACCAGAGGGCGCCCAAGGCUUGUGGGCCAUCGUCAACUGCGAGUCCUGGUGCGCGCUGGGUGAACUAGAAUGGGUGCCGUUCUCUGUGAUUCGGCGAGCUAUGGAGGUGAACUUGCUUGGACCGGCUCGCCUGGUUCAAGUGAUGCUGCCGCUAGUGCGCCGCUCGCGGGGCCGCGUCGUGUUGGCCUCGUCCAUCCUGACGCACGUGGCGGCGCCCGUGCGCGGCGUGCACGCCGCCUCGCUCGCCGCGCUCGACGCCCUCGCCGCCUGUCUGCGUCGUGAACUGAAGCCGCGUGGCGUCGACGUCGUGGUGGUAGCUGCCGGCGAAUACACGACGGGUAGUGCGUGGCUCUCCGAGGAGAAGCUUCUGGAGCAAGCGCGCGACAUGUGGAAACGGCUUAGCGACGAACAAAAAGGCGCCUACGGAGAAGACUAUUUCGAGCAAGCUCUCCGCAGUAUCGAGAAAUAUACUAAGAGUGCUGACGCUGACCUGACGGCGGUGACUCGCGCGCUGAGUGACGGCGUGACCCGGACCUUCCCGCUCUCCCGCUACACACCGGUCUCCCCUCGCGAAAAGCUCAAGUCAUUGUUAGCAGAACAUAUGCCACGCUCGCUCUACGAAGGACUCUACUCCGAUUAAAUCGAAGAAGAUAAGGAACAAGAUCGUCUUUCUUCUUCAAACUGUUUACCAGGGACCGAAUCACCGGUAUUUUUUUGGAUAGCGUUACAAAAGUACCGUUAAUAUGCCAACGUUAAAAGUAACCCAUACAUCUAGUAACGUUAUCCAGAUACCAUUAAUACUACAAAAAGUAAGAAUACCUUUACCGGUAUUUAUAAUUUAUACACACGCACAUUUACCGUUGUAACAAUAAAAAUAUAACGUUAAAAUAUCAUACUAAUUAUACCUACUACUACUGUUAACCUACAAAAUGUCAUGGUUAUAAAAAACGCUUUUAUAAAAUAAAUACCAAGCUUUUAAGCUUCGAUCACACUGAGCUGAGGUAAAUUAUUUGCGGGAUGCGUAAAGUGAUUUAAUCGCCACGAUUGCCUAACGAACUUGUCUAAAUUGUUUAAAUUGACGUGGGUAGCAGCAUACAUACAUUAGUGAAUCGCGCUAAAUUGCGUCUCGCAUGCCACCCCUCAUUAUAACCACUUCUUUAAUCUAUUCUUCGGAUAUUAUGGUUUAUGUAUGUAUUUUGUUCGUAUAAUCAAUGUGGAUAGGUAUAGAUGUUGGCGGUAAAAUUAUAGCAAAGAAAAUUAUAAAAGCUUUCAAUAUAAUUUUAUACGAAGCUGACGUGUUUUUAGCUCAGCAUCUUCAUAGAAGCGAAACACGAUGCAUGAUACUUAAUUGCUGUAAUAAAUUCAACUAAAAUGCUGUUUAGAACGAGUUUAGGUUCUCGUGUGCAAAAUGAGGCCAGCUCGCAGUUGCUGAAGCCUGCAUGAAUUAUGUAAGCUUUUAAGGUCGAGUAACUUUUCUGAUCAUUUAUGCAAGUUCCUCUCACUUGAACACGUUCCCAGCAUCUCUUUCAAGUGGGAGAUUAUAUGUGGAUAGCCACAUUUACACUAAUUGGCUCUCUUAAAUGUGAUAUCUCUCUAAACUCUUCAAUAUGUAUUCUGAAAAU